AAGAGGAGGAGGAGAAGAAGAACACCGAAACCAAAAAAUAUAUAUUUUCUCAACGGCAAAAUAAGAAGAAGAGAUCAACCUUCCUCCGUUGUGUCGCGUGGGUGGGGCCAGGGUUAGGGUUUGCGUGCGGAAAUUGAUCGAAUCAGUGGCCCGGAGCGUUAAUUCGAUUCCCAUAAUUUCUCGUCUCCGAAUCCGCGGGAUUCGCAAGAACCGGUGGCCCAUCCCAUCCCAUCCCAUCCCAUCCUUCGAUUCGAUCAAAUUUCCGGCCGCAAAAUCACCACACAGACCCUCAAUUCUUCCUAUCCUGCUCCUAUACUGCACUGCAUCUAAAGAUCCGAUCCGUCUCUCUAACCCUGAAAUUCCUCCUCCAAAUCCUUGCAGCAGCAGCGGAGAAAGAGGAAGAGGAAGAAGACGGAGGAGGAGAAAGGAGAAGAGCCAGCCAUGGAUCCGAGCCAGAUGAUGUUUCCCAUGUGGGCCCCUCCUCCCGCCGCCGCGCCUCCCCCCUCCGAUGACCCCUCCGCGCCGCCGCAGUCCUUCCUCCCUCCGCCCAACGCCCAGCUCGCCCCCAACCGCGGCUGGAAACGCAAGAACCCCAACUCCGCCGCCGGCUACCAGCCCCCGGCCCUCGGCGACCUUCAGGUGCAGAACCGCGCAAAAGCUCGCCGCUGGUUCAAGAAUCACAACCCCAACCAGAACAACAACCCAAACCACCACCGCAAGUACUUCUUCCCCAGGAACAAGGCCGCCGCGCCUCGCAACACCACCUCCUUCAUCAUCCGUGCCAAGCGCUCCGGUGGCAUUGCGUCCCUCGUGUCCCCGUGCCCUGUCACGCCCGCAGUGCUCCCCACCCCGCGCCUCUCUCCCUCCCGUGAGGGCCUUGCUGACAUGGCUCAGGCACAGUGGGGCGUCGACGGAUACGGCUCAAUGAAGGGCCUCAUCCGCCUCCGCAGCUCCCCCCAGCCUGCCAACCCCAACGCGUCUGAUGACGAUGACGAGGGAAAUUCUAGCGGCAGUGACGUUGAGGAGCACGUGGAGGUGGAGCGCCGGCUUGACCAUGACCUCAGCCGCUUUGAGAUGGUGUACCCCGCGAGAGGGGAGGAUGCUGGGGGCUACAUGUUUGAGGAUGACGACGAGUAUGACCAGGAUGCUCAUGUGGCUCGCCUGGAGGAGGAGAACCUGGCACUAAAGGAGAGGCUCUUCUUGAUGGAGCAGGAGGUGGGUGAUAUGAGGCGUCGUCUGGAGGCGCUUGAGGCACGGUUUUCACUCAGUGAUGGUUUUGGAGGCGGUGGUGAGAAUGCUGUUGAAGAAGCUCCUCCUGAGAAUGAUGCGGAGAGGGUCGAUUUGGGGUCAGAGAAUAGCAGUGAGGACAAUGCGGAGAGGGUUGAUGCGGGAUCAGAGAAGAGCGGAGAAAGCAAUGCAGAGAGGGGUGUUGUGGGCUCAGGGAAGAUUGGAGAAAACAAUGCAGAGAAGGGUGCUGUGGAUUCAGAGAAGAAGCACAGUGCAGAGAAGGGCGUUGUGGAUUCAGAGAAGAAGCACAGUGUGAAGAAGGGCGCUGUUGGUUCAGAGAAGAGUGGCGAACACAAUGUAGAGAUGUCUGAUUCAGCACUGGAGAAGAAGGUCGGUGAGGAUGAUGAUGGUGAAGGGAUCAGGCUUGAGUUUUGACUGAUGGAAGAUGGACAACGGAGUUCAAGGGUGGUUGUUGGUACUGUUCAUACGUGUCAAUGGCAUAUUGAAGCCAUGCUGCAUGGGCUGGACUUGUUUUGGAGACUGACAUGUUGCGUAGCAGUAAAUCUUCGUGUUGACGAUGUACUAUGUUUCCUGGGGACAGGAAACAGCUUGUGCCAUUCUGAGUUUAUUUUCUUGUUCCUUCUAUAUCUAUUACGAUGAUACUGCAGAACCUGUGGUGCUUAGAUGCUGCUGCAAGUGGUAGAUAUGGAGGGAGAACUGAGAUGAUGAAUUUGUUAUCAUAACUGUUGUCAUUGCUGAAUCCGAUGGUGUCCUGUUUCUUUCAUCUGGCAUUCUCAUCUCAUGGUUGUUUUCAGGUCACUUGUAGUGAGUAGUUUUCUGAUAUGCCGUGCUGGUUGUCUCAGGUAAAGCACGGAUAUGCGUGGGGCCUGUUGAGUGUUGAGUUGGUGCAGCAAUCACUAUGUAUGGCAAUUUGACAGAUGAAUAUUACCUUGUGUUGUG